AGUCGCACUGACGGAGCUCCGGCUGCUCUCACGGGUUCUCCUCUGUCUGGAUACCUCAGCCCGGCUCCUUUCUACACUUCCUUCUCUGGAUUAUAUUCAUCUGAUGGUUUUCAACUCCACCUCGAUGCAUAGAAAUGGGUAAACUGCACUCCAAACAUGCCGCUAUUUGUAAACCGAGGGAGAGUCCGGAAGGCGGCAGCUUCGUAGUGAACGCGUGUUUGGCGCGGAAGGGACUGGACGACUGGCUCGUGAAGCAGAAGUACUACUGCACGAGCUCUCGCCUCGAGCGGCAGGACUGUCACCACAGGGGAGGCUGCGGCUUGACGGCACGGGGCUCUAUGGUUGAAGCAUGCACUGAGGGGAUCGGUGAUGAACAUUACCGCUUAGAAGUGGCUUUACCCCCGGAGAAGACAGGCAGCUGCUGUGUGGGGGAGAAGAUGCAGGAGAGGGACAGCCAAUCUCCCGCAGGGCCACAGAAACAGCUCCAGUUUGAAGAGUUGGAGUGUGCCGUGUCUGUGGAGGAGGAUAACAGGCAGGAGUGGACUUUCACCCUCUACGACUUUGACAACAACGGCAAAGUCACCAGAGAGGAUAUCACCAGCCUGCUGCACACCAUCUACGAGGUUGUGGACGCCUCCGUCAACCAUUCUCCCAGCAGCAGCAAGACGCUGAGGGUCAAGCUCUCUAUGGCUCCCGAUUCCAGCCAGCGGUGGAGGAGCUAUGCCCAGGGUGCAGCAGAGUUGUCCCACCCCAGAGAGAAAAAUGACAAGUGUAUAGAAGACCCCAAGAGUGCAGACAAGAAGAGUCGAGCACUCCUAAGGCGCCACCACAGUGACCACCACACCCAGCCGGGCUGCCAGCGCCACUGUGUGGAUGAGAACCUGGAACGCAGGAACCACUACUUGGACCUGGCAGGCAUCGAAAACUACACGUCCCGCUUUGGAGCCGCUCCAGUCCCAGAGCCGACAAAGGCAGAGCCCCAGACCCGAUCGUCCAACCAGACUCGCUCUCGCUCCCACGAACCGGAAAACGGCCACUCCCAUUCCCACCACCGCCGCUUGCCGACCGUCGUGGACGCUGUCGCCCCAGACAACCUCCACCCUCCCCGGCCGCGAGGCCAAGAUUCGGGGAAACAUGCCAUCCGUUCUCCCAAGUCCCACAGCCGCACACCUCCUGCCCAGACCAGUGGCAGGGUGAUGAGAAGCCGAGGUGUUCCUCCUCCCCCUGCCCUGCCCAGCCAGACCCCUCCUCACCAGUCUGCAGCGCCCUACCGCAAGCACAAGCAGCGGUCCAAGGAGAGCCAGGGCCACCGUGCCUUAGGCCCUCUGGUGGCUUCGGGACCAGUGGUAGAGAAGGAGCAGGUGAGAAACCUGCCCAGCGUGCUGCUAUAUGAGGGGGGGCUUGCGCAAGUGGUGCAGCGGCAUGAGCACCAUCACCACCACGAACACCAUCACCACUACCACCACUUUUAUCAGUCCUGAAUUUCCACUCUGCCUGGGACAGCUCAGCACUCCUGCAGCCCCACAUACCGCGGCCAGACCUGGAGACACUGACAUGCAGUGGCCUUCCUCCUUAAAUACUGUGCCGUCCAGUGGCGUUCUAGUUGACAUGGGACAAGGGGAGGAGAUGGGGGUCACUGGAGCGGCGAUCCUGUACUGAGGUGGGAUUAACCAGUGUUAGGAAGAGGUUGGUCAAACAAACAGAAGCUUGGGUAUGCAGCAGGACUGAUGAUCACAGCUUGGGAUGGAGAGGAGGAAUGGAGGGACAGAUGUGAUAAAGAGCUCAGAAGCUCCUCUCCCCUCUGACUUGGUGUCCCACUACCUGAUGAACUCUACGGCUCCAAACCAGCACCACAACUCUUCCAGACCACUAAGCCCAAAGGUUUCUAAGGAACAGGAGGAAAGAGUGGUGUAAAGAUGAAAAUAUAUGAAGGAAUAUAGGUGUUAGGAGAGCAGGGCAUAGCAAAAGUGUAUGUGUGUGUUGAAUAUUGUUUGAAUUUGUGGGCGUAGCAAGAGUGGGUGCGUGUGUGUGUGUGUGUGUGAGUGUCACGACACUGGUGUCUGUUGAAAACCACUUGAGAAGUGCGCGCAUGGGUGCGUGAGUAUUUAAAGCUGACUGUCAGGCAGGUUUUUGAAGAUGAAGAUUCUGAUCUGAGCACGCAAUACCCUGUCAGCAAGUUUAAUGGGAAGGAAAAUGCUGAAAUGUUAUCAAGUAAAAAAAAAAGAAGAUCCCAAAUCCGCUGCUACCUCUGAUUUUCUCCUAAUUGUUGUUAUAAUGGUGACUGACUAAGCAUUCAGAGGUUAUUUUCAAAUUACUUGGAAGCAUUUUUUUGAAAGAAGAGGAAUUGUGUCACAAUCUGUUUUACUGAAGUGUCGAGAAGCUCCUUACUUUUAUUAACUAAUAUUUACUGUACAUAAGGUAUAUAUUAUCAAUUUUACAGGCUUUAUUGAUAAUGUGAUAUCUUUGUAUUUACUAUCUUACGCUCUUGUUUGCUUUCCUACUCAGCCGUAUUUUAUAAGACCACUAGGAGCCCCUGUUUUACAAGAAUGUGUAUUUCUCACUCAUUCUCUCUCUGCUUUGACUUUGACUGCCAUCGGAUGAGAUACGUGAACGUGACCAAGUAAUUAUGGCUGAAUGAGUGAAAUCCCAACUCUCAACAGUGCUGCAGAAUCGGUGUUUAUGGUACAUGGCUGUACUUUAAAACACAUAUCAAAGCCUAAUAAUGGAGUUUAGUUCAUGUGAGUUUAGCUGUAAUUGAGCGGCCUUUGUGUAGAUGUUAUAUCUGCAUUAAAGCUAAGAAUAUCCUCAGCCUUAACCCAUUGAGAUGCAAACACUAUAAAUCUUUUGUGAAGUUCCUGAAUUCAAGUCAAUUCCUUUUUAAAUGGUCAGCAGUUAAAUCCCAUAUCUUUAGAACCAUCAACACUUAAAUACAGAAUAGGAGAAUAUCCGUAUCUGUGAGAUCAGAGUAAACCACUUGUUUCUCAGGCCAUCUUGCUUAUUUUGCAUAAUACGAAACCUUGUCACACCCAGCCAAUCAGAUGUUGGUGUAUCUAUUUAUCAGUAUGGCGUUCGACAUUUUUGUGAACAGUUAUUUACGUCAAGAAAUGCUGAACGUGCAUUUGAGUUUUCACGAGUGCCCAGCUUUAGAUCCAAGCAGAUUCACAUUCACACCCCCGCGUUGUCACGUGCCACGAUAUUCGUUUUGGACUGUGUGACUUUAAGGCCAGCACUUUCUCCAGCAGUUCUGUUGUCUGGCCCCUGGCUCUGAGGUCACAUGGCUCCUCCCUGUGUUUCCAGCUGUCAGCAGGUCUUUCUUCUUUCAGCUGUCUCAUUCCUCUGGUGCUGGAUGACACUGGGCCCGGCCCGCAGUCUCCGCAAGACCCAUAAUUCACUGCUGCAGCUCUCCUGCCAACAGGGACUGUCCGCUUGUCCUGUCCAAUGAUGUUCUGUAUGCGCUGCAGUAAACAUGCAGAAGUCGAUGGGACCAGCAUGCGAAAAAGUGUUUUUACCUGCGUCACAUCUAGUCUGACAGAGGCAGCGGAGUGAAGUGUUCCCCAGGUCUGUUUUUCCUACUGAUAUUCUACAGCACUUUCCUGUUCUCUAGUGGAGAUGUUUCUCAACCUUUGGAGCAAUGAGAGUUUAAGUGCCUCGUUCCAAGGUAGCCACACCCAUACAGAGGGGAGAACACAUUCUCGUUAGCAGAAUUCAUUCCCAAAGAAUCCAGGAGACUGUAGUAUUCUGUCGCAGGCACUUGUGUUUUUGUGAUGAGCAAGAAUGCAUUGUAUGCCAGUCUUGUCAUCCGCACUGAGAUGUCCUCUCACAGCUGCAGGCUGUCCUGUAGCGGGAGGCACCAGUCAGACGGGUCAUCUCACGGGACCCAGUGUUUAAAACGGCGUCAUUCCCCGAGGAAGAUCACAGCUGCGCUCCAUACCUCCGCUUCUGAACCUCACACUGCUUUUCCUGGACGAGUCCUCACCACUGGACCCCUCAUAACACUGUAGCUCCUGUCGAUUCUUUCACCUCUUCUGAAAUAAGUGUAGAUACUGAUGUAUGGCUCUAAAUAUAAGCAGUGUGGAAUAAGGUGACUGUCUCAUUCACGACUUGAGGAAAGGCGAAUGAAGGGAAUUGGCUAAACGGAUUAGUCAGACCAACAGUCAACUUAAAAAAAUAAAAAUUCUUUCAGCCAGAGUUUUACUACAGACACAUUGCUCUUGUUAAUUCCCUGCAUUGAUUUAGGGUUGGGAAAACCGUAACCUCCAACUGCCACUAUCUGUCGCCUCACAUCAUGGAAAUGUAUGUUUUUUUCAGAGGAAAAAAGAUCAUGUGCCGUAAUUUUUUUAUUUUACCAGCAGCCAAGUUAUCAGCCAUCCUGUUUAAAGUAACAUUUUAUUUGGUUUGCCAUUAUGAUGAAAGAGCAGGUCUAACUUUAAUCUUCCAAAUUAUGAAUGUCUCCAUUGGGAACACAAACGUCAAAUCAUGUCACACAAUCUUCUGUCCUGUUGUAUAGGAUAUCCAGAGCCACAUUUCCAUGCUACUACAGUAUUUAAUGCUUCACUAAUAUUAAUGUGUAUCAAUAUUUUCUAAACAAUCUGAUGUAUAAAGCGGAUUACAGAGGUUAAACCAGCAUCAUGUAGAAAGAAAUGAAGUCUUAUUUGUAAUUGAUGACUGUCAAGCUAUCUCACUUGCCUACUGUCAGCUAGUACUCAUAAUGCAGUAUCCACCACACCAAUCUGACUCAGCAGGGAGGAAUAACUCUCCACCACAAGCUGUCUGUGCCCACACACAGACACUUGGGAUUUGUUGUAAAGGAAAAUUGUUUAGCACUUGCUAUUCUUUCUCUUUCCCCCCUUCCUCCAAAGGUUUUUUUCAUGACUUUGUUUAGUUGAGAUAGAUUGUAUUUGAUUAAUUGCUCUAUUUAUUUGAUAGCAGAUCUGUGCCAAGGGAAAUACCCUUUUAUUAAAGUAUGAACCUGUUCCUUAUAAACUGACUGACUUAUUGAGUCAUUUCAUUUCAGUUUUCACCAGUAGUAUGUGUAUUGGUGUGCAGAUUUGCACAGUGCAUGUGUAUUUAUAAUAAACAUUAUUUUGAAAUAGUA